UAAAUUAUAUGAAUUUGCCACUAUUAAAUAGAACUUAUCAUUAUUUUAUCAAAUCGAAGUGUGUCAAAUUUAUAUUGGAUCUCCAAAAAUUUAAAAUUAUUUUAUUAUAAUUCAAGCGUGUUUAAUUUAUAUUGAACCUUCAAAAACUUAAAACCUAUCUGAUAGACAAAAUUUUCGUGUAAGCAUAAAGUAUAAAAUAAAUAUAACAAAUUCAACAAAAAAUUUGUAUUAUUUUAUAGCAGCAAUAUUGAAUAAGUAAAAUGAAAGUGAUUAUGGAAACAGGGAGCAUUACUGAAUCAACUCAAUAAAUAGGACUCAUAGUAUUGCUUUUGGAGAACAUAUAAGUUCACUUUCUCACAACUAUGUAAAGUGUCAUCAUUCAGUUAACUUGAGAUAAAAGCAUUUGUUUUCUAUCUUCUCUUUUGUUCAAGGUUAGUCACUUCAACAUGAAGAUUUUGAUGUUGUGGCUAACAUGGGCUCUUGCUCUAAGUUUUUCUUCGAUGGUUUCAGCUGCUAUAGUGGAACGUACUUUCACGAUUCAAAACAAGACUAUCAAACGACUGUGCCAUGAGCAAGUUAUUGUGACCGUUAAUGGCCUUUACCCUGGCCCAAAUAUGGAGGUAAGAGAAGGUGACUCUGUCAUUGUUCACGUUAUCAACAAUUCACCCUACAAUAUAACAAUUCAUUGGCAUGGAGUAUUCCAGCUGUUGAGUGCAUGGGCAGAUGGUCCUGAAUAUAUAACACAAUGUUCAAUUCGUCCUGAAAAUAAGUAUACAUACAAAUUCAAAGUGACACAACAAGAAGGAACAGUGUGGUGGCAUGCUCAUGCAUCAGCUCUACGCGCAACAGUGCAUGGUGCUUUUAUCAUUCAACCUCGUUCGGGUCGAUUUCCAUUUCCUAAACCUUACAAGGAAGUGCCAAUAAUAUUAGGGGAUUGGUAUGAUGGAAAUGUUGAGGAUAUUGUCAGAAAAGAACUUGAAACUGGCGAUAAAAUAUCGUCUGAUGCUUUCACUAUCAAUGGUUUUCCUGGUGAUCUCUUCAAUUGUUCAAAAAAUGAUGUAUAUAACUUGAGAGUGAAGCAAGGGAAGACCUACUUGUUCCGAAUGGUCAAUGCUGCACUCAAUAACAAUCUUUUCUUCAAGAUAGCAAAUCACAACUUCACAGUUGUAGCCCUGGAUGCUGCAUAUACUGAGCCUUAUAUCACCGACAUAAUCGUCCUCGCGGCCGGCCAAACCGCCGAUGUGCUUUUCACAGCCGACCAACACAAAGGUCCAUACUUCAUGGCUGCAUCUCCUUAUGUUCUUGGCGAACCAGCACCCCUCUUUGACAAUACAACAACUCGAGGCAUUGUUGUUUACGACGGUUACAAAAAAUCAAAAAGUUCCCAACUUAAGCCUUUGAUGCCAGCAUUGCCACUCCACAACAAUACACCAAUAGCUCACAAAUUCUUCAGCAACAUAACUAGUCUUGUGAAGGCUCCACAUUGGGUACCUGUUCCACUUGAGGUGGAUGAGCACAUGUAUAUCACAAUUAACAUGGCUUUACAACCUUGUCCUAAAAAUGCCAAAUGCACAGGUCCACUUGGACAAAAAUUCUCAGCUAGCAUGAACAAUGAGUCCUUUUUGCUUCCUGUUGGAAAAGGGUUUUCUAUAAUGGAGGCAUAUUUUUACAAUGUGAGUGGUUUGUACACUACUGAUUUCCCUAAUAACCCUCCAAAAACUUUUGACUUCACAAACCCGAAAAUAUUUUUUGAUGCUAAUGUUACAUUUGCGCCAAAAUCGACCAAGGUGAAGAAAUUCAAGUUCAACUCAACGGUUGAGAUUGUGUUUCAAAAUACAGCUAUUUUGAACGCGCAAAGUCAUCCCAUGCAUCUUCAUGGUAUGAAUUUUCAUGUUUUGGCUCAAGGGUUCGGGAGUUUCGAUCCGAAAAGAGAUAAAUUAAAGUAUAAUUUAGUGAAUCCUUUAAUUCACAACACGGUUGCUGUGCCAGUGGGAGGAUGGGCUGCUAUUCGAUUCCGAACAAACAAUCCAGGGGUAUGGUUUUUGCAUUGUCAUGUGGAUGAUCAUAACCUUUGGGGACUAGUGACGGCUUUCAUAGUUGAGAAUGGACCAACACCUUCAACUUCUCUUCCUCCACCACCUGCUGAUUUACCUAAAUGUUAAUUACCUGUUAGUUAACAGAUUUUUCGCAGAUUCUUGAAAGUUUCUAGAAGAAUUCAGUAUUGUAGUCUUAAUAUUUUCAAAUACAUUUGUUAACAACUAAAUAUAUGAACAAUAAUGAAGAUUGCAAAAGGAAGAUUGUUAUGUCCUCCUAUUUCAUA